CAGUUAGGAUCUGGAGGCGGGGCUGAUGGGGGAAUGAGGAGAAGAGGGGAGAGGUGGAGCGGGCUUGGGAGGCCGGUCGGGUUUGUUGUCAUUCUAAGAUGGAGUUUCUGCUGGGCAACCCUUUCAGCACCCCGGUGGGACAGAGCCUCGAAAAGGCUACGGAUGGCUCCCUACAGAGUGAAGACUGGACACUGAACAUGGAAAUAUGUGACAUCAUCAACGAGACAGAAGAAGGCCCAAAGGAUGCCAUCCGAGCGCUCAAGAAGAGGUUGAAUGGAAACAAAAACUACAGAGAAGUGAUGCUAGCUCUAACGGUACUAGAAACUUGUGUGAAGAACUGCGGCCACCGCUUCCAUGUCCUGGUAGCAAACCGUGACUUCAUAGAUGGUGUCCUAGUGAAAAUCAUCUCUCCCAAGAGCAACCCUCCCACCAUUGUCCAGGAUAAAGUACUUGCACUGAUUCAGGCCUGGGCUGAUGCAUUUCGAAGCAGCCCCGAUCUAACCGGGGUGGUCCACAUUUAUGAAGAACUCAAAAGAAAAGGGGUUGAGUUUCCAAUGGCUGAUCUGGACGCUCUGUCUCCAAUACACACACCACAGAGAAGUGUCCCUGAAGUUGACCCAGCUGCCAACAUGAGUAGGUCCCAAUCUCAGCAAAGGAUGAGCUCCAGUUCCUACUCCUCUUCCUCUCCAACGGCAUACUCUGCUCCUCAGGCCCCGGCUUUGAAUGUGACCGGCCCCAUCACAGCAAAUACAGAACAGAUUGCACGACUGCGGAGUGAACUAGAUGUCGUUCGUGGAAAUACUAAAGUGAUGUCCGAGAUGCUCACAGAAAUGGUCCCUGGGCAAGAAGAUUCAUCAGACCUUGAGUUGUUGCAGGAGCUGAACCGCACCUGUCGAGCCAUGCAACAGAGGAUUGUGGAACUCAUUUCCAGAAUGUCCAAUGAAGAAGUCACGGAAGAGCUGCUUCAUGUGAAUGAUGACCUGAACAAUGUCUUCCUCCGAUACGAGAGAUUUGAGCGAUAUAGGUUGGGGCGGUCUGCACAGAACACUAGCAAUGGGGUUCUCAGCGAGGUGACUGAAGACAACUUAAUAGACCUGGGCCCUGGCUCCCCGGCGGUGGUCAGCCCCAUGGUCGGAAACACGGCGCCUGCAUCCAUGCUUUCUUCCCAACUGGCGGGGCUUGAUUUGGGCACUAACAACGUGAGUGGAACGCUCAGCUCCCUCCAGCACCCCAACCCCAGGGAUGACUUUGACAUGUUUGCACAGACAAGAGGCAGUUCGUUGGCUGAUCAGCGUAAGAUCAUGACAUACGAGAAUCCCCAGGCUGUUAAAGGAUUAGCAUCUGCCCUGGAUGUUCGGAAACACAACGCAGGAGGGAGGAGAGGUAAAAGUGGCAGUUCAGACAUGGAGCCCAUAGACAAGUGGCUAAUGACCCAAGGAAUGAUUCCCGUCAUGCAGUCCUCUGUCAUGGAUGACAUUGAGGAGUGGCUCGGUGCUGACGUGAAAGGAGAUGAACCAGAAGAAGGCGUUACGAGCGAAGAGUUUGACAAAUUUCUAGAGGAACGCGCCAAAGCUGCUGAAAGGAUCCCCAGCCUGCCCUCGCCGCCUGAGGAGGAGCCCGCACCACUGACGACGAAUCCCCCCAGCCGAAAGAAGCCAGAGCGCUCGGAAGACGCCCUCUUCGCCCUGUGAUGCUCCUUCCUUCGCUCUUGCUCUUGCCUGUGUGGAGGAACACAGCCGUUGCGGUCAAGCUGCCUCCUCGUGCCACCCAGUUAGCGGCAAGCGCCCUCCCCCCUCCUGGGUUCCAUAGAUGGCCCCCCCUAUCUCUUGGAAACGAUCCAGUCCAAAUAAGCUAACAUUUUAAAGAGUAUUUACGUCCAGUCACGUCACUCCUGUGGCGGCUGUUCACAUUUCCUAAGCUCCCUCUCUCUCACGCUCCCAGGUCCAUAACUGAGUCAGUCUCUCUCUCUCUUUUUUUUUAAUGCAUGUAUUCUUGGCACACUCGUUGCUCCCCAGCAGAUGCAGUUGUGCAGGGGACAGUCCCAGCGUUGAUUUAAGCCAACGUCUCCCUCUCCUGUAAGACAGUCUGAAGCGCAGCUUGCUUGGAACAUCUCCGGUAGCAUCUGAGUGCAUUUUAGGUGCCCAUUCCUCAAGGAACCGGUCCAACCUUCCCAUUGGUUGAACACAAAAGAAAUUUCUCGCCUGGGUCUAUUCCCACAAAUCGGUGCCAUGUAUUGCCUGUACCCUCUCUCCUGCUUGUCUUGAAGUUUUCACGGGAUGUAUAUUUGGCUUUCCAAGCUAAGGUAGCCAGUUGCAGUGAGGAUUAUGACCUGGUUGUGGCAAGCGGGCAAAUGUUCCGUAGUGGGCAGACUGUCUCUACAUGAGAGAAGAGCUCUCUCUCCCCUAAAACUUUCUCUAUUUGGAGAAUAGGUGGUCUGUGUUUGCCAGGUGGGCCUGCCUUGCUUGGGUGUAUGUGAGGCAGCCCCCCUUUGCCUAGUGGCAUCCACUGGAAAAGGGUUUAAAGUAGAUCCUCUGUUUGAGAGACAGAGUGGUGGUGAUGUUGCAGUUGGUUUGUCUGAGAAUCCCAAGGAUAAGUUGCAGGACAGCAGUGCUGCUGCUUGCCUUGUGAGGAAGGGAUGCUUUUGGAUAAGCGAGCGUGAAUGAGGCCCAGGUUGCUCUGGGUGAUGCAUACUCUGAAGUAAGGCUUGGAGGACCUCUUGGCAUUUUUGCUGCUGCAUUCUACGUCAUGGCAGUUUCCACCUUGCCCACGUGCCCCUCUGUUUCACCUCCGCCAGCCAGCAAUGCCACAGCCUUGGAAGCUGCCUUUAGGAUUUCCAGGCUGUACCAAAUUCUGGGCAGGGUGAGGGCACCUCCCCCCCCCCUUGGUACUUCAUUGUGACGACUCUGCCCUUCCAGGAAAUUCCUUGCUAGGAAACCUGCCUAGUGGAAUUGGGAAAGACAGCUCUUUUAGUAUGUUGGGGUUGAUCUUGCUUGUGGGUAAAUUUGAGGCAACCUUGAGGUUUUCUUGGGCCCAAUUCAUAGUUUGUUGGUACAGUGCGACUGCCGUGUCUUUGUACCUAGAUCCCAUGCAACCGGUAACUUUGGGGCAAUUAAACUUUAUGGGUGCUUUGCACUGCUGAGGAAGAUGUUUUGAGAUGGGGCAUCCCCCAUGAUCCAUCCAUGGCCUGUCAUCUGUCCAAGUGUUACAGGUGCAACGUGGGGUCCAUCUGAGGAGGAAGUAACCACUCCCUCACUGGCAACAUACACAGCGCAUCUCAGUUCGGGAUGAGAUCAAGCCUUGGAGGUCAUAUUCUGCUUUGUGGUGGAAACAGCCUCUUGCAGAUGGACUGACUUGUAGCUCUUCUAUUGAGAAAUCUGCUGUUUUGAUUUCUAGUCCUAGACUUUGCAUUGGACUGAACCCACGUAGCAAAUUGUGGUGGUAGAGUCCUUUGGCAGUACAGUGGACUUGCACCACUGCAGGUGAGGGGUCACAUUUUUUUAAAAUGCUUCCCUACAUUAAAUAUUCCCUACAGAUAGAAAGGUAGAACAGCAGGUAAAGGAGCGAGCUGGAAUCUUUCUUCCUAGAGUGUUAGUCUUGUAUUUGCAAGGUUUUCGUUUUUUACAGGAAGGAGCAUUCAAAUUGGCCGUCCCAUACCUGCAGUCGGAAGUACUCGUCUCAUUCUGCCAUCUUCAUUUUGUGGCGUUGGCUCCCUGGAUGUUUGCUUUUAAAAGCUGAUGUGACAGAUGCUGCCUGCCUGUAUGGAUAAUUAGCACUGCUGCUAGGCAAAAACGUUUGGGUUCACCUUGCGUGUGUGUGUGUCUGACACGUUGACCUUCUGAAGCUCAGAUCUGGCCUCCUGAGUGCCAGAGGGCUGCGUCUCUGCUACAAGGCUGUCUUUCUGCUAGAAGCAGCCGCCCAGAUGGGAAAAUAGUUGUCUAUAUGGGUAGGGAGCCUGUGGCCCUACAGACGUUGCUGGACUUCCACUCCCAUUAUCCCUGAUUAUUGGCGCUGCUGAAGCUGAUGAGAACUAGAGAGCCAGCAAUAUCUCGAAGAGCCACAGAUUCUCAGCGCCUGUACUAGCAACAUCGAGAUCCCUUUAGAGGUGGGUUUGUUCUGAGAUCCUCCGCUGAGGAGAAAAGUAGGCAGUGAUUGGCAUAUACUGGGUGGCUGUUUUGUUGAAGUGGGCAAGAAUCUCAUCCAGUGUAGGCUAGAUGAGAAGUGAAACAACUUCUAGCUGGCAUUAUGCCCACCCCCCUUCAGCCCCCAGAGAGAUGCAGACUGUUUCAUUUCUGGCCUGCCUGGAUGCGUCCCCACAAGAGCAUUUCCUGCUGCAUGACGAAGGUCCUUUUCCAAAGAACUCUGCAUGUUCCUGAGCCAAUCGAGCUCUUUUGCCUGCGCCUGGAUACUCUGGAGCAGGUGAAUCCAGGUUUCUGGCCAUCUCCUAGGACAGCAUUUCCCUCUAGAUGCUUUGGCUACAACUCCCAUCGGCGACAACCAGCAUGGCUAUGGGAGGUGCAGUGCAGAGCAUCUGGAGGGCACUGUGUUGGCAAAAGGCUGGUCUGCACCCUCAUAACACAUGCCAGAGCCUUCUGGGAUCUCCCUAGUGUUCCGUAUUGCAAAGAUCUCCCAUGGCUUCCUUGCGACUCUCAAACUCGGAAGCUGAAAGGUAAAUAUAUCUCAUCUCCGUUGCCUUUCAUCAGUAGUCUUUUCUGCCCUAGUUUGCUUCCUUGCUUUCCAGCUGUCUUCACUGAAACCAUAUUCAUAGGGGAGGAGAGAGGGGCUGGCUAUCAGAGGUCAGAAGGGGGGGGAGACAUGGACCCUAGCUGGCGUAAUCCGCAAGGAAUGGGAUUGUCCAUAAGGAAAUCAUUUCUCUGUGUUAGGAAUCACUAAAUAACACUAAGCUAUUGUUGGGAUCCUUUCUUAAACACUAGUGAGGCCUCUCAUCCAAAUAUUUAAUUUUGGCCCAGAGGACAGCUGCUUAGCACAGCGCCCAGUGAAAUGAAUGAGAACGAUUGUGCUCCUGUGCAACAUCCAGUUCAGCAGAAUUUGCGCAAGAGACAUUCUUGCUGGAUCGGGACCUUAAUAAUUUUAGCCCUGUUCCUUUGGUGUUUUUUUUACAAGAUCCUGCAUCUUCUACAGGCUUCUGAUAACACUUCUGUGUGCUGAAAUAUCAGAACAAUAAGAGAACCCCGAAUUGUUUCCGUUUCAAAUAUAUUCCACGUGUAGGGAGAUGUAACCUCUUCCUUCUACCAUUCCCCCCCCCUCGUUUUCUUUGUUAAGUGCUGUGUGUCGAUUACAGAUCUAUAUAGGACCGAUGCAAUAGAAAAAUCUGUGCAGAAUUCUUAGGGUACGCAGAAAUGAUGAAAUAAACCAAGAGUGUGUUGGGGAGUUGGGAGAGCGGCUUUAAAUUAUAACGAAGCAUCUUGAAAAGGGAAAGUGACCAUUUAGCCCUCCUUCAAGCCAGGCAGAUGCGCAGCCUUUGCAAACCUACCCCCCCCAAUGCUUUGGACUACAACUCCCAUUUACUAUUUAAAAAACCAAUCCUGGCCUUGUGAUCCUAGUUCUUGUAUAACCCCACAUUCCAUUCUCUGCUGUUAUUUCUCCCUAGCAAGCAAAAUGCUUUUACAGAUCAUCCUAUUCACUGAGAUUUUUUUAAAAAAAACUAGUAUAAGCUCUUUUUCAUCCCUGUCCGUUUCAUCUGCUAACUGCUACACAGCAUCAGCCUACCCACUGUAACUUGUGUCAUAGUGUCUCCAUCUGUAUAUUUUUUAAAAGCUUUAGGCGUGUCUACAUGAAGAGUGGAUAAUAUUUAUUUACUGAAAAGGUUCAUUUUUUUUGCUUUUGGGGGGAAGGUUGGAGGGCGGGGAAAGGGAAUUGUUUAAAAAUGUAUAAAGACAGAUAUGUAAAAAUUAACUCUUUAAAAUGCCUUUAAAACGAUCAUGGCUUGUCUUUUUUCCUUUGUUCGUGAUGGUGUCUUUGUGUGAGCAAAAACCCACUGGGCGGUUUUGCAUAAGGAUGUAUUAAUUAACUGGCCGUCACUUAACUCUCUGUCUGUCUUCUCUCUGUACAUUUUUUUUUUUGUUCUUGCAUGUGAAAUACUCCAAUAAAAUAGCAUUAGUGCAAACUGUACAGUGAUGACGGCCAGAAGCGUCUCUUGGCUGUGGGAUGAUGGAUUGAUGAUGUUGCUCAUUCUGUUCCAGUAUAUCUUGAGCCUUAAGGCAAGAGAUCUGAAUUCCCUACUCCCCUUAGGAACCUGCCAGAUGGGAGGGAAGAGGGAUGUGGAUCCCGGAAGGUUUUUGUUUUCUUCCCCCCUCCCUCCCCUGGCAGCUGGACCAUUAGGAUAAAUGGGGCAGUGCCCCCCCCAUGCUUAGCCUGCCCUCAGCCAGCCCCCAACGGCCUGCCUUCUUACUUGCAACCGGUGCAGGGGAUGGUGGUGCUACCUGUUAGCU